CAAGGAGCAAAUGGACGUCACAGAAUAUAAAUAACUGAAGUUUGAUUGAUUUAAAAUACUAAAAUUCAUCCAAUCAGCAUUCCCUCUUCACGUCGUGGAUCUUAUUUCAGAGACAGUGGAAAAACCCCAACAUGCAGAAAUGUCUCUUUUUGCAGGAACAGCGUAAAUCCUGAGAUUUCUAAACUUCCUGUAAAGUUUGUAAUUUUGAACCCGGAGAGGAAGCGUUUAAAAACCUGCAGAAACUGGUCCGUCUGACGUCAGCUGUGACGUAACAGGAAGUGACUCCUUCAUCAUAAAAACACAGAGUGAGUUAACGAGCUGCUUCUGAUUGGAGUCCUUCGCACGAGAAAAGGAGGAAGGUGAAAAGGUGAAAAGGGGAAUUGGCAAACAUCCUGAAUCUCGACAUCUCCCAGUGUGCACCGUCCACCCUCUAAAAACACAACAUUAUUUAUGAGAAUCAUCUAAAAAUAAUCCUGUCUUUGUCCGUCUCACUGGAAACUCUCAACUAAACGUUCAUCUGGGUUAGAGUAAAGAUAGAAUUAGCCGAGAUGCUAACGGAGCUAAACGUCACCACGAUGUUGAACUUCACGACCGCGCCCCCCGUUGGCGGUUGCCCUCCGGUCGGGAUCCAACUCGAGGGUCUCCUCCUGCCCCCCGUCCUCACCAUCGACGUCACCCUGGGGCUUCUGGGUAAUGCAGUUGCUCUGUGGAUCUUCUGCUUUAAGGUGAAGAAGUGGAACCCCAACACGCUGUUCCUCUUCAACCUGGUGAUCGCAGACUUCCUGGCGCUGGUCAGUCUGCCUCUGAGGAUCCACGCUCUGCUCCUCGGUCACUGGGUGUUCGGAGACGCCAUGUGUCGGAUCAACCUCUUCCUGAUGUUCUCCAACCGCUCAGCUAGCAUCGCACUGAUGACCGUGGUGGCCAUCUACCGCUACUUCAAGGUGGUCCACCCUCACCACCGGGUGAACCUCAUGACGAGGCGUCAGGCUGCGUUCGUGUCUCUGAUCGUCUGGUUUCUGGUGAUCGGCCCCCGUGUUCCCAUGCUGGCCUUCAACCACAUCAAGAGGCGCGGCCAUCGCACGCAGUGCUUCUUCUUCACCUCCUACAAGGUGAGAGAACUGCUAGCAGAGGUGGAAGUAGUGGA